AUGGCCGUGAACGGCGAUGGGGCCUCCGUCGCCGCUGAUUCAGUUGCAUGGCACCCAAACAUCGGAGCCACCUCUCAUGCGACGCCGGACUCCAGCAUGUUGUCUCGCUCCGAGGACUACACUGGUGGUGAUGUCUUGCGAGCCGGAGAUGCAUGGGUCAUCCCGUGUUUUCCCGACAUUAUAAUGAUGGGCACAGAUUCGGCUCUUCUCGACACAUUACUUGGGCGGUUAUCCACUGUGUUUAAAAUCAGGGACUUAGGCACACUUAAUUUCUUCCUCGGGAUUGAGACUCUGGCCGUUGAUGGAGCUAUUAUUAUGUCAUUGCGCCGUUAUAUGGGUGACAUAUUAAAUCGUGCCGGCAUGACUGACUGUAAGCCACUUGCCACUCCAGCUGUUGCCUCUCAGUCUUCAGCCUCGACAGACGAGCUAUUUGACAAUCCCACGCAAUACAGACGCAUCACUGGGGCACUACAAUACUUGACGAUAACCAGGCCGGACCUUUCCUACUUGGUCAAUCGCUUGUGCCAGUCCAUGCACGCUCCGAUGAAUGAACACUAUGGCCUACUUAAACGUGUGCUACGUUAUGUUAAUGGGACACUUACGUAUGGUCUAUGCCUGACGCCUUCAUCCUCCACCGACAUACAUGCUUACUCGGACUCUGAUUGGGCUGGUUGUCCAGUUGAUCGUGUUAGGAACAUCAUGUAA